CCACAAACCGCAGCCCGGGGGUGCCGAUCACAACCAGCGGCACCGCUCCCGGCGGGGGGCGGGCGCUACCCCGGGGCCGCCCCUGCCCACCCCGUCCUUCCCGCGCCCGCGGGGCCCAGCUCCGCCCGCCGCCGCGCUCAACAUGGCUGCCGCGCCGGGGAGGGGCCUGCGGGGCCGGGGGAGCUCGGCGCGGUUCGCUCCAGCGGUUACACAACACGCCCCGUUUUUCAAAGGCACGGCUGUUGUUAACGGAGAGUUCAAGGAGCUAAGCCUGGAUGAUUUCAAGGGGAAAUAUCUGGUCCUCUUCUUUUACCCCCUGGACUUCACCUUUGUCUGCCCGACAGAAAUUGUGGCUUUCAGCAACAAAGCAAAUGAAUUUCGUGAUGUGAACUGUGAUGUGGUGGCAGUUUCUGUGGAUUCUCAUUUUUGUCAUCUGGCCUGGAUAAAUACACCACGAAAGAGCGGCGGUUUGGGCAAAAUGAAUAUUCCAGUUCUGUCAGACCUCACUAAACAAAUCUCCCGUGAUUAUGGCGUGCUGCUAGAGGGACCUGGCAUAGCGCUAAGGGGUCUCUUCAUCAUUGAUCCAAAUGGGAUUAUCAAGCAUCUGAGUAUCAACGAUCUCCCCGUCGGUCGCAGCGUGGAGGAGACGCUCCGCCUGGUGAAAGCAUUCCAGUACGUGGAAACGCACGGAGAGGUUUGCCCUGCAAACUGGACUCCAGAUUCCCCUACA